CUCUAACAUCUUCGUCCUUUCGUCAUCUCGCUCCUCUAACCAUUCACCAUGACCUCUGCACCCGCGAAGGAGAAGGAGACUUCGCCCACCCCCGCCGUCGACUCCAAGGAGACCAAGGCGGAGCCCGCGCCGCCGGUGCUGACCGUCGAGGAUGAAAUCCUCAACAAUAUCGCUCUCAUUGGCAGGACAGUCGCAACCGCCGAGCCACGGUACACCACGCGUGUUCUACGCACCCUCACGCACCUGCGGAAGAAGCUCACCAAGCCGGCGCUCAAGGACGCGUUGGAGCGCGCCUUCCCCAAGCAGUCCAAAACCGGCCAGCAGCUCCUCGCGUCCUCCGUCUUCAAGACCUUGCCAGACCCACCUGUCACAGACGAGUCGAUGGAGGUGGACGAGGCGUCAACGGACGCAGACAAGGACAAGGGCAAGAGCGGGGAAAGCUCGACGCCCGCCCCCGCGCCCAAGAAGUACGUUGUGCCGCUCGACGCGGCGCGACAGGACCUUAUUCCCGAGGGCAUCGUCUACCUCCGCCUCCUAAUUAUCUUGGCGGCCCUCGACGCCGGGGAGGUCGCCGAGGCCGGCGCGUUCGCCAAGGCCACCACCGAGAUCAUCCAGACCGCCAACCGCCGCACCAUGGACCAGAUCGCCGCAAAGGUCUACUUCUACCUCGCGCGCACGUACGAGCUGCAGGGCCGUCUUGCUGAGCUCCGCCCCACGCUUCUCGCCGUACGCCAGUCGGCCCGUCUCCGCAAGGACGAGAACCUCGAGAUAACCGUCGUCAACCUCCUCCUUCGCUCUUACCUCCAGUCCAACCUAUACGACCAGGCCGACAAGCUGCUCUCCAAGAUCGAGAUGCCUACGUCGAGCAACACAGCCCAAACCGCCCGCUGGUUGUUCUACACUGCGCGCCUGCGCGCUGUGCAGCUCAACUACGCUGGUGCUGCUGAUCUCCUCCUCACCGCCAUCCGUCGUGCGCCUAAGGACGAGGUUGCGCCAGGAUUUGUGCAGAUUAUCCACAAAUUCUACAUUGUCACGGAAAUGCUCACCGGCCGCAUCCCCGACCGCGCCAUGUUCCGCCGGCCGGUGUUGCAGCACGCCCUCCUUCCCUACUUCCAGAUCGUGCAGGCCGUCCGCGUUGGCGACGUCGCGGCUUUCCAGCGCGCAUUUACCACCCAUGAGCAGGCGUUCCUUGCUGAUUCGACUCACUUCCUCAUCCUCCGACUGCGGCAUUUCGUCAUCCGCACCGCGCUGCGGACAAUCACGCUCGCAUACUCGCGCAUCUCGCUGCGUGACGUGUGCCUCAAGCUUGGCCUCGACUCGGAGGAGGACACCGAGUACAUUGUGGCCAAGGCGAUCAAGGACCGUGUGAUUGAUGCCACUAUCGACCACAAGGGCGGGUUCAUGCAGUCCAAGGUCAAGAGGGACGUGUAUGAGACAGACGAGCCCCAGCAGCAGAUCGCUCAGCGCCUCAAGUAUGCGCUGGAAAUGCACAACGACGCGCUGCAGGGCAUGCGCUUUGCUGCCAAUGUGCACCGUAAGGAUCUUGAGACGGCGGCCGACGCGCGCGAGCGCGACAGGGAGAUUGCCCAGAUGAUUCAGGAGUCGGACGAGACCCUCGACGAUGACGUGUAG